AUGAAGGUCUCCGCCGUUCUCGUCAUCACCGCCGCCUCGGCCGCUCUCGCUGCUCCCGUUGCCGCCCCCGAGGCCGCCCCCGAGGCCGCGCCUGAAUACGCCAACUACGGCGACUACACCUACAAGGAGUACGCAACCUACGGCGACUACGAGGAUGUUCCGGCCGCGGAUCCUACCUCGACUCCUGCCGCGUACACCAACUACGGCGACUACGAAGGCGUUCCGGUCACGGCUCCUGCCGCGUACACCACCUACGGCACGUACAAGCGCGCUGUCGACUGGGUCAAGAGCUUCUUCCAGUAA